UGUGUUUGCUUUACUCACGCACUCAUUCAUUCAUUCAUUCGCGACUUCAACAGCGUUCAACAACAGCUUUUUACUGCCACUUAACGAAAGUAUCGUAAUUUUAGACUACGACAAAUGACAUCGCAUGUAUCGUUUCUCAUGUAAGUGCCAAUACGACAAAGUAGGAAGAAGAUAAUUUGUUAACGCUAGCUAGCUUGGCUGUAAGUUAGCGUCACAGAAGCUGUUUGGAGAAUUGACGUUAUUGUGAACAUCUUGGUCGCAUCGUCUGAAUGAAAAGUGCAGUGGAUACUAGUAUGAUCAAGGAAAACCAGUGGAACAUACCCCCCAAUGCUCCGGCGUGCAUGGAGAAGCAGCUGUGCUCGCUGGACUACAGAGCAGAUGGCACUUUGUUGCUUGGUGCCUCCAGCCUCACUGGCAGGAGCUGGCAGGGAUCUGUUUGGAUCUACAGUGACCCUGAACAGGCUCCCAAUGAGGGAUUCUGUAAAGCUGGUGUGCAGACUGAGGCUGGUGUCACUGAUGUUAAAUGGGUGUCAGCAAAAGGUGUUAUUGUCGCAUCAGAUUCUGGUGCUUUGGAGUACUGGGAACUAGCAGAGGAUGAGCACCUGCUGGUGAAUCGCUUCACCAAACAUGAGCAUGACAAUAUUGUCACCACAGCGAGCCCCGUUUGUGGUGGAAGCAGUGCAGUCACUGGCAGCGUGGACUGCCGAAUUAAAGUCUGGGAUCUCAGUCAGGAGAUGGUUGUCACUACCUACAGUGCACACACACAGCCAGUCACCUGUGUUGCCUGCAGCCCGACAGAUGAUGCUCUCUUCAUCUCUUGUGGUCAAGAUGGCCGUUUGUUGAUGUGGGACAGGAGGAAACCAACAAAGCCAGCCUCGCGAAUCGAUGUAGAGUCCCCCAGCUGCAGCCCUACGACUGUUGCUUGGUACCCUCACCGCAGGAGCACCAUUGCAUUUGGUGAUGAGUUGGGACGAGUGAUUGUGAAGGAUUUCUUGGGAGCCGAGCCAGCGCUGGUGGAGAACAUCCACAGUCGCAGGGUUAAUGGACUUGCCUUUUCCACCCACAGUGCCGCUUUGUUAGCCUCUAUUAGUGAUGACUGUUCUGUCGCUGUCAUGAACGCUGAACUGCAGGAAAUACAAAGAGAUCGACGACACCAGGACAUUGUGAACGGUGUAAGCUGGCUCCACAGGGGUUCAGACACCCUCACGACUAUCGGCUGGGACCACCUUGUGCUUCACCACGCGGUUGGUCGAGCUAUUGAAGCUUCCAGCGGCUCCUCUUAGACCCAACUGUUCCAUCCAUUAAACCUUUGUUUUUCACGUCCCUCUUGUUCAAGUAUCCCUAGAACUACAUAUUUUCCAUUUCUCGCUGCUCUACAGGCAGCUAAUUAGUGCAAAUGGGUAUGUUCAGCCAAUCACGAGCAUGCAAAAGCCAUACUUAAUUAGGCUGUUCUCGAAUAAAUGAAGUCAAAAGG